UCCCCCUCUCCCACCCCUCCCCCUUCCCCCUCUCCCACCCCUCCCCCUUCCCCCUCUCCCACCCCUCCCCUUCCCCCUCUCCCACCCCUCCCCUUCUCCCCCUCUCCCACCCCUCCCCCUUCCCCCUCUCCCACCCCUCCCCCUCCCCCUCUCCCACCCCUCCCCCUUCCCCCUCUCCCACCCCUUCCCCCUCUCCCACCCCUCCCCCUUUCCCCUCUCCCA